CAUCCUGAUAUUCCCAGGUUUGGGGUAGUCACUCUACUCAUUCUCUUUUACUGCCUGCUUGGAGAAAGAGACCCCCAAAAGCGAACAACUCCUUCAAUUCUAGGGUUUAUCUUCGAAAUUCUCACACUGAUUCAUCCAAUCUGAGCGAAAGAAAGUAAUCGACUAGCUUUUCAUAUCGGUCCAGAUCAAUUGUUUUCUCAAGAAUAAUUUCUUCCCUCGAUUUCUGAUUUUGGCGAAAAUGACCCAAGAUGUUGAGAUGAAGGAGCAGCACCCUGCCCCCUCCAAUUCCCUCUCGUCCACCUCUCCAUCUACUCUUCAGCAUUUGAAGGACAUAGCUGCAUUGAUUGAGACGGGAGCUUACACACGAGAGGUUCGGAGGAUUGUGAGGGCUAUUCGGUGGACAAUUCAGUUGAGGAAGAAGCUAAAGGCUUCUGUGCUUCCUGCAUUUCUCAAUUUUGUGCUUGUGCCUGGAUCUGAUGCGCAUUCUCGCAUGUCUUCGUAUGUUCCGAAGGAGGAUGAGCAUGAUAUGGAAGUUGAUACCGCAACAUCUGCUGCGCAAGCUCCUGCAAAGCAUUCCUUGCCAGAACUUGAGAUUUAUUGCUAUUUGCUAAUUCUAAUAUUUCUGAUUGAUCAGAAGAGAUACAGUGAGGCUAAGGCUUGUUCUUCAGCUAGUAUUGCUCGUUUAAGGAACCUCAAUAGAAGAACUGUUGAUGUCCUAGCAUCCAGGCUCUAUUUUUACUACUCUUUAAGCUAUGAACUUACUGGUGAUCUUGCUGAAAUACGAGGUAAUCUACUUGCUUUGCACCGGACUGCAACUUUGCGCCAUGACGAGUUGGGACAGGAAACUCUUCUGAAUCUGUUGCUGAGGAAUUACCUCCACUACAACUUAUAUGAUCAAGCAGAGAAACUGAGAUCAAAGGCUCCUCGUUUUGAAGCUCACUCGAAUCAACAGUUUUGUCGCUACCUGUUUUACCUUGGAAAGAUCAGGACAAUUCAGUUAGAGUAUACUGAUGCAAAAGAGUCCCUACUCCAAGCAGCCAGGAAAGCACCUGUUUCUGCUCUUGGUUUCCGAGUUCAGUGCAACAAAUGGGCUGUGAUUGUCCGCUUACUGCUUGGGGAGAUUCCAGAAAGAACUGUUUUUAUGCAGAAAGGGAUGGAAAAAGCGCUGAGGCCAUACUUUGAGCUUACAAAUGCUGUUAGAAUUGGAGAUUUGGAGCUUUUCAAAGCAGUUGCUGAGAAAUUUGCCACCACUUUCAGUUCUGACCGAACUAACAAUUUAAUUGUUAGGCUACGUCACAAUGUCAUUAGGACAGGCUUACGCAACAUUAGUAUCUCAUACUCCAGAAUCUCACUAGCUGAUGUUGCUAAGAAGUUGAGACUGGAUUCUGCAAAUCCUGUUGCUGAUGCUGAAAGUAUUGUAUCCAAAGCAAUUCGAGAUGGUGCAAUUGAUGCUACAUUAGAUCAUGCUAAUGGAUGGAUGGUAUCGAAGGAGACGGGGGAUAUUUACUCUACAAAUGAGCCGCAGAUUGCUUUUAACUCAAGAAUAGCCUUCUGCCUAAAUAUGCACAAUGAAGCAGUUCGCGCCCUCCGUUUUCCACCUAAUUCCCAUAAGGAAAAGGAAAGUGCAGAGAAGAGAAGAGAAAGACAGCAACAAGAGCAAGAGCUUGCCAAACAUAUAGCUGAGGAGGAGGAGGAUGAGUUCUGAUGAUAAGAGGAGCAUGGCUGCGUAUGACUCUCUUAAAGUUGCACCAGAAUUAUCAACUUUCGUGCAAGAAUUUUUCAAUUCGACAGACUAAUGGGCUGUUUGUUCUCUGUAGCUUUUUGCAUUUUACUACUCGGUGUUAUAUCAGGUUCCUGUUUUAGGCUCAAAGCGUUUGUUGGCAACUUUUAUUGAGCUGAUUACAGUUAUAUGAGGUCAUAAAUUACUUUGAUUCUUGCACUGCACAAGAAAAGCAAAAUAUUUAUACCGAUGUUUGGGUUAUUCAACAGCUGUUAAUUGAGUGCUA